AGUCGUGCAGCUCCAAGAGGGACCUGCCUGACGUGAACCUGAGCGGCAAAGUGUCACACCUGGACAUGGUAAAGCACAAGGUGUACUCAUCCUUCAAGGGGGAGGCGGAGGCGGCGGCGGCGCUUCCUUCGUCUUCAAGAUGGAAAAGGAGCAGCCAACGGCUCUGGUGGUGGCGGGAGGCGGGGGAGGCCUGGCGUGGUCCCCGAGUGACAUCACCUUUCGACACCACGGCAGAGGAAUGAACGCUUCCCUGCCAGAGACUCACGGUCACUUUUACUACAACGGAACGUCCUCCAACUACCACGCUGGUCCGGGCGGCGGCUGGGAAGGGAACCGCAACAGGGACAACGAAGGCCAGUCCCUCGUGAACGGUGGCCUUGGAGGGAAGCCUUGCGAGGACCUGGCCAGCUCCUGGAUCACCUAUGGCGGCUUUGGCGGAGGCGGCGGCGGCUGUCUGGCUGGCGGUGGUGGCGGAGGCUACACAGGAGGGAACGCAUACUCCGGCACGAGGCAGCACGGCGAGGGCGGCUACAGCUACACCUCAGGGCUCUACGGUGACGUGCGGCCCGCGGCGCACUCCGGCAGUGGCAUAGUGUUCAUCAUCCCGGCACGGAGGGGAGAGUGCCGGUGUGAUUACAAGUGUUUGCCCCUGGACGAGUACCUCCGGGAGACGCAGUGCAUAUGCAAGGAUGGCUGGGCGCUGGACCUCAACGGCCACUCCUGCAAGCCGGGUCCCGUGGUGAAGAUGGAGCAGACCAUCUACAUAGCAGCCAUUGUCCUCGUCAUUAUCCUCGUUGCCUUCAUCUCCGCCACUUCCAUCUACUGUUAUAAUCGGUACCAGAAGAAGAAGUUCGAUCUGGCGCAACAGCUGAAGUGCGAGAGAGGCCACGACGUUCAGCUGAGUAGCCUUCGUCCCAUCCAAGGCGGCGGCAUGGUUACGGAGUAUAAUCCUAACUAUGAGUUCGGCGGGGGCACCUACACGAUAAAGGACCUGAAGGACAUCCCGCGAACCAACCUCACCCUCGUCAAGGCGUUGGGUCAGGGCGCCUUCGGGGAGGUGUUCCAAGGGUACCUCAAGAACUACGCAGGCGACUCCGUGGAAAUGCCCGUGGCUGUUAAGACGCUGCCGGAGAUGUCAAGUAACCAGGCAGAGAUGGACUUCCUGAUGGAGGCGCUGAUCAUGUCGAAGUUUGCGCAUCCCAAUAUUGUGCACUUUAUUGGUGUGUGUUUUGACAAGCUGCCGCGCUUCAUUGUCCUUGAGCUUCUCUCUGGUGGUGACCUCAAGAGUUUCCUGCGGGAGGCGAGACCCAAGCCGGACCGCCCCUCGGCACUCACGAUGAGGGACUUACUCUCGUGUGCUACCGACGUGGCGAAGGGCUGCGAGUACCUGGAGGGCAACCACUUCAUCCACAGGGACAUCGCCGCCCGAAACUGUCUCCUUACAACGAAAGGCCCAGGCAGAGUAGUCAAGAUCGCUGACUUCGGAAUGGCCAGGGACAUCUAUAGGAACGACUACUACAGGAAAGGCGGGAAGGCGAUGCUGCCGGUCAAAUGGAUGCCUCCCGAAGCCUUCUUGGACGGGAUAUUCACUUCAAAAACAGACGUGUGGUCCUUCGGCGUGUUGCUGUGGGAAGUCAUGUCGUUGGGUUACAUGCCUUACCCGGGGCGAGGCAACCAGGAGGUGAUGCAGCUAGUCACGAACGGCGGCCGGCUGGAGCCCCCGACCAACUGCCCGUCACCCGUGUAUCGCAUCAUGACACAGUGCUGGCAUCCCAUCCCUGACGAGCGGCCCACCUUCACUACGAUACUGGAGCGCCUCGGCUACUGCAUACAGUUGAGGACGCAGUGUGUGCUGCGGCCAUGUUCCUGGGAGCCGCGCCCCCCACUGUCCCCGCCAGUUUGGACUGCCGCUUCUACCACUGACACCAUCCGUCUGUCCCUCCUGCAGGACCCUGAUGUGGUGAGUCACGCCCUGCCGGUGUUCCAGCGGCCGCCGUCCGCCGAGCGGGAUGCCACAGUCAUGCGGCCGCUGGACAACGACGCCUGCCUCACAGUUUCCCGCCGCUCCGAUGAACCGCAGAGCCCGGCCUCCACCGACUAUUUGAUCCCCUUGCCCUCGUCCUACUCCCUGUCUACUGUGCGCUCCGAGCUCAACUCCACGCCCUCCAUCGACUCGGGUGCGGACUGCUGCCAAAUGGAACGGCUGCUGGAUCCCGCCCCGCCGCCCCCGCCGCCUCCUGCCUGGGAGACCACCAGCUUCACCAACGAACCCUCCACCGCCCACAACCACCAGCGCUCCAAGCCCGCGCCCCAGCCCUCCCGCACGCCCUCACACUCAUCCUCCAGGAUGGCAGAGUCACAGUCGACUCAGCCGCUGCUCAAGAACUCCCCGCCAGGGUCUCCGCGGUCUCAAGACCCCCGUGAGAGGCUCAUGAGACCCGGUGAACCUGCCCCUGUCCCCUCCUCCGCACCCCCUCCCAUGAUGUCCAUGGCAGGCGUG